AUACGAGAAUAUUACAUAUCACAAUUCGGUCAAUGUCAUUGUCCUGUCAUGUCUAGACAUGUAGUUGAAGCCACGUGAACCUCUCAAAUCCCGCUGCCAGUCACAACAGUACUAGUGACGGCUCACCCAUUCCAAGUCCAGUAGCAUCAAUCGUGACCUGAUGCAGCGUUACCCUACACUCUCAUGGACACCUCCAAGUCAGGCCAUUGGGAAUCUCGGAUACCGACUCUGGACAAGCUUGGGGUCAAAGACCUUGGACAAAUUGAUGAAUUGAAGAUCGCACAGGAUUGGUUUCAGGUAUUCUCGUCGUAUGUCACAGCUGGAAACGUGGAAGAAAUCGUUGGUCUCUUCUGUGAUGAUUCUUUGUGGCGUGACUUGCUUGCGUUGACCUGGAAUAUGAGGACCUUCGAUGGAUCUUCCAAAAUCAGGACUUUCCUGAGAGAUCGAAUUCCACACGUCCAUAUGCAAGGCUUCAAGCUCAAAGAGUUUGUGCGCCUACAGAAACCUUUCCCCGACUUGACCUGGAUUGUCGGAAUGUUCGAGUUCGAAACUGGCACUGGGAUGUGUUCUGGCGUUUUCCGCCUCGUUCCAACAGCUGAAGGUCCCUGGAAGGCGUACACAAUUUUCACGGUACUUGAAUCCCUCAAGGGCUUCCCGGAAAAGAUUGGAGCACUUCGUGACCCUUCUGCUCUCACUGGACGGCAGUGGAGGGAGAAGCGGGAUCGUGAGAUUGCCGUUGAAGACGGUGACCCUGCGGUGCUCAUCGUCGGGGGUGGGCAGAGCGCCCUUCAGCUUGCCGCCCGUCUCAAGUUCCUUGACAUCCCCUCGCUAAUAAUAGAGAAAGAUGCCCGUGUCGGGGAUGUAUGGCGCAACCGGUAUGAUGCAUUGUCACUGCAUUUUCCUGUUUGGAAUGACCAUAUGCCCUAUAUUCCAUUUCCUCCCACUUGGCCAUUGUAUACACCAUCAUUGAAGAUGGCCGAUUGGCUCGAGAGCUAUGCGACAACACUGGAGCUCAAUAUCUGGACCUCGUCUACUGUCAUUGGGGCAACCCAGGACACUGACAACAAAUGGAGGGUUCGUGUGCAUCGGGAUAAUGGCAGUGAACGUGUAUUUAGAGUGAACCAUCUCAUUAUCGCUACUGGGCUUGGCGACGGUAUUCCUACCAUACCCAACAUACCGAACUCUGCACUGUUCGAGGGAGUAGUCGAACACUCAGCACGGUAUAGAAGAGCUUCUGAUUACCAGGGAAAGAAGGUCAUCGUCAUUGGAGCAGGCAAUGCAGGUCAUGACGUUGCGUCUGAUUUGGCCAGAGCUGGCAACGAUGUGACUAUGUUUCAAAGAAGCUCAACCUUUGUCAUGAAUCUCGACAAAGGGUGGAAGUUCAUUGGUGGCGCAUUGUAUAGUGAAGACGGUCCACCGGUUGACAUAGCUGAUCGGUUAUCGCAGUCAUUGCCCCAUCUUCUGCUUGAAGGCGGAAUGGCGCAGCGUACGGCACAAGCGAUAGUGGAUGACCAGAAAGAACACCUGGAUAAGUUGAUGAAAUCUGGAUUCCGCAUCAACAAAGGAAUCAAAGAUGCAGGUGUGCUCCUUCAGUUGAAGGAGAAAUCAGGUGGCCAUUAUUUUGAUACUGGAGGGAGCCAGCUCAUAAUUGACGGAAAGAUCAAAGUGAAGAAUGACAGUCAGAUCAAAUCGUACUAUCCAGGAGGACUGGAGUUCGAAGAUGGCAGCAAGGUCGAAGCCGACGUGAUCAUCUGUGCCACUGGUGUUGGUGAUAUGCGUAACUCAAUCCAUCGAAUAUGCGGCGAAGAAGUCGGAAAUUCAUUCCCCCCGCUUCUCGGUGUAAACGCAGAAGGCGAGCUGAAUUUUUCCAUUGCCCUUCCCCGUCCUGGACUACGGAUGAUGGUCGGCUCCUUGCAGUUGAAUCGUUUCUACUCCAAGUUAGUGGCCUUGCAAAUUCAAGGCAUUGAGAGAAAGAUCAUCGAUUGGGAUUCGCGUUACUAACGGUAGUCAUUGGGUAGAAGACCUUGUAUUAUCACUUACGGAUGAAUGAAGAUACAUAGUAUUAGAACCGAUUAUCAAUUAACGGAGGAUGAUUUAGAGGGAACAUGCGUACGAACA